AUGUCGCCCGAUAUCAACUCUCUGUCCCCGACCUGGUCCACUGCCUCUUCCCCGCGUCAACGUCGGCUGCCCCCGACUUUAUCCGAUAACUUAUCGUCGCAGCAUACCCAGCCAGACUUUCCUUCUGCAGCCCUGCCCAACAUGAAUAACGGUUCAUCAAAUAACCAUAGCAACAUCAUAGCCACCGAUCUGCCUCAUCGGCCCUCUCAUAGUCACCGCUCCAGCAUGUCAGGAUCGGAACGCCGUCGGUCCCGUACCGGUUCCAGUUCAAUCCUGAACAAUGGCCAUACCAACGCUAGUGACUCGGCCCCCGGGGAACCGACCACAACCCCCCACGACCACCACCGGUCUUCCUUUGGCCAUAACGGGCUUCGCACCUCCAGUCCGCUCAGUAAUGUCGGGGGAAACCCGACCGUUGCCACCGGGGACCCGCAUCAUCAACGUGCACCGUCCCUGGGGGAGCUCCAUCAGGAACUAGAACAAGAACAAGAAGCACAAGUGAACCGUCUUUUACACAUGAUCCGAAGCCAGCAAGCUCAGCUGCAGCACCUUCAACAGCAACAGCAACACUCACAGGCCGUGGUGGAUGACUCUGGUCCUGCUGCGGAACGGCUGACCCCAUUCCCCCCAAUUCCCCCGCUCCCCACAACCAGCAGUCGGGCGUCAAACCAAUUGCCUUCCUCCUUGUCCAGCCGGCGACCCUCCCGCCCGUCUAGUCAAGCCGCUUCACCCAAUCUCCGACCGCUGGCCGAGCCGUCGUGCGGGUCAGAGGGUCCGGAUUGGAGUGCAGGCCCCGGUGAGAGCCCAGCGCGGCGGGGAAGCAGGGAUGAGAGCGCAUUUUACCAGGCGGAGGCAGCGAUGCUGACGCGCGAAAAUCAAAUGCUCCGACAGCGAAUCCGCGAUUUAGAACGCCAAGUUAGUGAGCUGACCUCUGGUGCCCGAUCCAGCGAGAUCCCUGCGGCACCUACCGCACAAGGAACCGAGGCCGUAGAUCACCCAGCGUCCGCAGGAGUGGGAUCGGCGAACGAGUCGUCAGACAAGACCUGA